CCACCCUCUGUUCUAGACCGACUGAUUCUUGCCCCUCCUCUCUCUUUCCCGGUCCAUUUCCAACUACUUUUUCUCUUAUUACUCGUUAACUCUCAAUUCCCCCGCCAUUUCCAUCUUGAUCUCCCCCCGCUAAGCAGACGGCGGUUAUCAGCGAUGGCAAAAUUCUCAAGCUCAUAUUAGGUUUCGUUUUUUUUUCUCCUCCCCUGCUUCUUCUUUUCAUCGGAGGUUCAAUCCUACACAGCUUUAGUUAAACCAAAAUAUAGAUUUGUGUUCUAGCUGGAGACUCUGAAGUGACCCCCACUUAUCUUCUGAUCUCCAGCCAAAGCCUGAUUCAGAGAUCAGGCAGUCAGGGAAUAGCCGGUGAGGUGCUGGAGUUGCAGACUUGAAUUCUUCCCUUUGUAUCUAUCUCAGUCGCGUUCAAUGCUAUUUGCAGUACGGGUUGUGCUCAUCCAUUCCCACCAGAAAACCUACGGGUUUGAGAUGGCCGAUCGAUGUAUCGUUACUUUGUGCUAGAGAAGGGGAUCUCAGAAUCCGGUGCUCAUUUGAAUUCGUUUUGUCGUCCAUAAACAAGAACCCGAAAGAACCAAAUGCAGGAACCACCGUCGCUGCUUACGUGAUUCCUUCGUUUCCUCUAACGAACAUCACAUCGUAGAAUUCUUUGUCUGCAUGCAAAUUAAAUAGUCCAGGCAUCUAUUUGAAGAUGAUCCCUUUCUUUUUGAGGCACACGUUCAUGAAUGAUUAGUUCUGUCAAAUAAGAACAGGAAGUGCCUAUUUAGCACAUAGUUAAAGAUGGAGGAUGAGAAUGGAAUUGUGUUGAGCUUGGGUCUUUCCUGUGGUGGGUUUGCUGGUAAAUCAAAGGGUAAAGAUGGUGGUUCAUCAGAUAGUAAGACAGAUGAAGGUGGUAAUAGCAAUAAAUUAAUGGGUGAUUUUAAAGAUUUCCUUCAUACUGGUAUUCAGAAACAGGACCUGGAUAAUGGUUCAAAGAAAAGUGAUCUGAUGAAGACCCAGGAGAACUUUUUUACUAGCCUUGCGAAAUCCACUCCUGAGACAUGCACUUCUGUGGACUUGAAUGGGAACAAUGUCCCACAGUUCACCAGAUAUGGAGGACUUUGGUCUUCAAAUAGUAACAUGACAGCAGAAGCUGAAGAAGAAAAGUCAGAUCAUCAUGAGACAGGGGGCAAGCUGUGGGCAGAGGCAGGUAAUAAACGUAAAAUGUUGUUUGAGGAUGUAAACCACCAAAAGAAACAUGAGAGUGAAGUUCAGUAUGCUGAUGGACAUGGCAAGAAUCCUCCCAAGGCCGUUCUUACUCCAGUGAGGAGUUCACAUGUUUCACUGACAACAGAAGAUGGUUCAACUGCUGAAAAUGAAGAUGUGGCAGAAUCUGAAGCUGAAGGCUCAACUUCAAGGUUGGCCAUGCACCAUGAAGAUGGCACCAAGCUGUACAUGGGUGGUGGUAGUGGCUCUUCUGAGGUUCCCAAGGAAGGUCAUGUGCUUACUGAUUCACCAAGUGUCAUAGAUGUCCAAGGCAAAAAGCAGUCUAAUGUUCCACUAGGAAAUGAAUCCAAGAUUGGGAAUAUGACCUAUGGAAUUCCGUUUUCUCUCCAACCGCUUACUGUGAUGACUGUGCCAUACUCUGUACCUGUAAAGGUGCCUAACCCUGCUGGUGCACCCAACACAUCAGGAAUUUCUGGACCUUGCAUGAUGCAGUUGAUGCCUCCUGCAAAUAAUGAGCGGCCAGGGGGCCAACAAAUGAAUUCUGGCACUUUGCCAUUUACUUUUGGCUAUUCACCUGUACAGCUUCCGACAUUAGAGACAGAUCAACCCUGGGGGAUGGUUUCUCAUGCGCAACAGUUCCCUCCCUUUGCUGGAAGGAGCACUGGAGGUGUGACGCUGAACUCGGAUAAAUCCGAAGAUGGCAUAAAGGUAACCCAAGAAGCUUUGUUGUACGAUGCGAAGGCAUCUGAGUUGGCAAAAGGCAGUGGCAAACAGCACACCGUGGAAGAGGGUGGUGCCUCUUCCUCUUCCCAAACAGAAGAUGAGGUGAAGGGAAAUAGCACGAUCUUCAGGCCAAAGGAAGCAUCUGACCAACCAAUAAUGGAAGGUUUCCCUCAGGAAGGUUCAGCUAUAAGGCCGGGUUUGGCUGCAGGACUGAAAUUUGGGGGGUGUGGUUCCUACCCGGAUCUACCAUGGGUUUCUACCACGGGUACAGGCCCCAAUGGUAGGACAAUUUCUGGAGUUACCUACAGAUAUAACAAAAAUCAGAUUAGGAUCGUCUGUGCUUGCCAUGGGUCACAUAUGUCUCCUGAAGAGUUCAUUCAGCAUGCCAAUGCAGAUAACCCCAAUCCGGAGAACAACUCAGGCUUGCCUUCAUAUCCUAGUAGCAACCCUGCAGCUUCGGCUCAGAGUUAGUCAUAGCUUCUCAGUGAGUGUGAGGCCAAGCUUGAUAACGUAUUUAACCAUUGCAAUGAGAACCAUCCAUAUGGGUUCUCUGUACCACUUGUAAGCUUCCUCGUUGCGUUACUUGCCAUAUAUGAUUCAGUUCUUUAUUUUCAUCCAAUUAACUCAGAUGAGCAACCGGUAUUUAUUCUGCAACUUCUAUGUAAUCAUUUAAAAAGAUACUCUGUUGUCAAAUUUGUAACAUUAUUUAAGCACCCACUUUCUACAGUAUUAGUUGUCUCUAAAAAUUAUGUUUGGGUGAUA